AUGAGGCUGGAACAAAGCACCAAGAGAGGUACUAGAAUCUCAGACAAGGGCACCAUUGAAGUGGUGGAAGGAAGCACAAUCCACCUCCGGGUCUAUGGCCAGGGCAUUGACUCAAGAAUUGGGAAAAUGGCACACUUUGUGGAGGUCCCUUCCACUGCCACCAGCGUUAACACUAGCUGCUCUGAAGGCAACCAUGACUUGCAUGUCUUAUACUCCAUUCAUGACUCACGUCAUACUUCUGCCAUUCUACUCGUGCAUGUCCAGAUCCUGAGGAAGAAGAGCCACAGCAAGACAUAUAUGAUGUGCAUAAAGAAUGAGACUGGGCAGUUGCAGCACCAGCACUUGUCUGAUGAUAUGUUGAUCAGAGUGAUGGAGAGCAAGGACUUUUUCCUGCCACUAUGGCUUCAUAUCUCCCUCAUUGUCAUCCUCUUGGCACUUUCAGCACUGUUCAGCGGCCUCAAUCUGGGUUUGAUGGCGCUAGAUCCCAUGGAGCUGCGCAUCGUGCAGAACUGUGGCACAGAAACCGAGAGGAUAUAUGCUGCUCAGAUUGAGCCCAUCCGCAAAAAGGGCAACUAUUUGUUGUGUUCGUUGCUGCUGGGCAACGUUUUAGUGAAUGUCAGCCUUACUAUCCUGUUUGAUUCUCUGGUAGAUGCUAAUUUUAUCUCCAUUGUGUUCUCCACCUUCGGCAUUGUCCUCUUUGGGGAGAUUAUCCCACAGGCUAUCUGUUCCCGUCAUGGUUUGGCUGUGGGUGCCAACACCAUCCUUAUCACCAGGUUAGUGAUGCUGUUGACAUUCCCAGUCUCUUAUCCCAUCAGCCAUAUUCUGGAUGUUUUGCUUGGUAAAGAAAUGGGCACUGUUUACAAUCGAGAGAAGCUUAUGGAGAUGCUGAAGGUGACUGAGCCUUACAGUGACUUAGUGAAGGAGGAGCUGAAUAUCAUCCAGGGUGCCCUGGAACUGAGGUCCAAGACAGUGGAACAUGUCAUGACUCCAUUAUGUGACUGCUUCUUGUUAAGCAGUGAUGCAAUCCUGGACUUUGACACAAUAAGUGACAUCACGGAAAGUGGAUACACUCGCAUCCCUGUUUAUGUCAAGGAGAGGUCUAAUAUUGUUGAUAUGUUGUAUAUCAAGGACCUUACCUUUGUGGACCCUGAUGAUUGCACCCCACUCCACACCAUCAUACAGUUUUACAACCACCCUGUCCAUUUUGUCUGGAAUGACACCAAACUGGAUGCCGUACUUGAAGAAUUCAAAACAGGUAAAUCUCACCUGGCUAUUGUUCGAAAGAUGAGCACUGAAGGUGGGCGUGACCCUGUUUCUGAAGUAGUGGGCGUGGUGACUCUGGAGGACGUCAUAGAAGAGAUAAUCAAGUCAGAGAUCCUAGAUGAAUCAGAUAUCUACACUGACAACCGCACCAAGAGACGAGUCAGCACCUGGAGGAGGAGAGACUUCUCUGCCUUCAAGGGUAGUGAUAGUGAAACCAGAGUCAGGAUCUCCGCUCAGCUACUCUUGGCUGCACACCGCUUUCUUUCCACAGCAGUGCCUCCAUUCUCUCCUUCUAUCCUCCCGGAGAAGUUCCUGCUGCGUCUCCUGAGACACCGUGAUGUCAUCUGUGAACUCAAGUUUGAUGAGGAGAACAAGAAGGCUCCCCACCACUAUUUGUACCAGCGGAACAAGGCGGCUGAUUACUUCAUCCUCAUCUUACAGGGAAAAGUGGAGGUUGAAGCUUGUCAGGAGAACAUGAAGUUUGAGAAUGGACCCUUCUCCUACUUUGGCAUAAUGGCCCUGGAUACACGCACUCUGAACAGUCUCAGUCGCUUGAACACAUCAAGUGCUCACGAGCACCAUCUUGGUGUAAGGAGUUUGAACCAGAUCCUACCUGCCUCCAAUAUACAGUAUCUGGCAGACUACACAGUCCGUGCCCUCUCUGAUUUGACAUACAUCAAGAUCACAUGGAAUCAGUACCAGAACUGCUUGUUGGCCUCGCAGAUGGAGACUACUGUGGAUGGUGAGAGGUCUGUAGCCAGCAUUGCCUGA